AUGCGCGGCGCUCGAACGCUUGCAGAGAGCGAUACCUGCUCGGUCCCGGAGCACAACACGCUGACCAGCAACUGCUACGGCGCGUGCAGCUCCUCGCUGUGCGUCAACUACGCGUCCACAGCAGUCGGCAGCUCCAGCAAGGACGGCAACUUUUUCUACCGGGGCUGCGCGUCGGCGAAUAUGCCGACGUGCAAGACGAAAGUGACGUCAGGCAACUGUGAAGUGCAGUGCAUAGUGGACACGUGGGCGAGCUGGAGCAUGCCGCACUGGACAAUUGACAUUGCCCAACCGCAGAGUGACAAGGCGGACACGGGAGUCUUCCAGGCUAUUGAAGACCUCAAGAUCCCUUCGACCCUGCAGAACCUGUCGAUCGUUGGUGCGACGGCGGACUCGCAGAUCACCGUCCCGCUCUCUUUCUCGUCGAAUGCUUUCCGCAGCAGCCAAGGGCUGCAGCAAAUUAUUAUUCAGCGAUCUAAACUCACCCAGUUCGAUCCUCGUGGGCCGCACGCAUUUACUUCCGUAUCUACGUUAGACCUUCGCGACAACCAACUCACGGAUAUCCCUACCAUUAUUUAUGAAAUGCGCAACCUGUCGGCUCUGUACCUGCAAGGCAAUGCCAUCGCCGACGCCCACGUCACCCUUUCACAGCUCCAGUAUUUGCAGGAGCUGCCCGUUUUCGAAGCCAAUUUGACGGUCAAUGGGAGCUGCUCAACGGGGUACGAAGCUGUUUCGUGGGCUGACAAAAGCGUGUGCUACACAAACGGUGACGGUCUCGGCAGCAUCAACAGCUCGGGAUCCAAAGACAAGAGCACGACAUCCACGGCAAGCGAGAGCAGCAGCAGUCCGGUUGUACUCUAUGUGGUCUUGGGCCUUGCGCUCUUCGUAGUGCUGGCCGUGAUAGGAGGCGUGGUGCUACUACGACAAAUGAAGAAAAAGACGGCACAGGAACAGCACGACUCUCUUGUGUCUGCCGAUGGUAAGAUUAAGGCCAACCUGCGGAGUCUAAGAGCGAGAAUGGGGGCUCUAAACGGCACGGUUCAGACGACGGAACUCGAAGCUUCGCUGAACGAGUAUAACUACGGAGGUGGAGUGCGCAAGGCUGCGUUUAAGGAGAUCCCGGCCGCCGAUGUGGUAGUGCUGAAUCAGCUGUCAACGUCGGGUCCAGUCACUGUUGCUCUUGCCGAGCACUGCACGCGCUUGGUUCUUGUGACCAAACUCCAGACCAGCGAUGACGACGUCGAGGCAGCUUUGGACAUGGUGCCGACACUCUCGCAGAUGCGUCACCCUCAGAUCCUCUCGAUCACUGGGCUCGUAUGGGACGAACGUCACGCGAUGACUGCCGUGUGUGAAUACAUGACGCUGGGUACGCUGGAGGCGUAUUUGCGGAGUGCUGGAACAGAGCUCAACUGGUCAAACUUCAAGAUGAAGGCGGCAGCUGAGAUCGCCCGUGGACUCAUGUACCUGCACAGUCAGCACAUGGCCACGUACGACGGACUCAAUGGCCGGACUGUGUUGGUGGAUCCCGAUAAGGGCUGCAAGCUCAACCCCAUUCAAGCAGCACUCCCCACGAAUGGGUCGUCACCCUACAGCUGCCAGUCGUACUACCGCCGUUGUGACUCGACGUCCAAGGCGUUUUUCGCUCCUGAAAUCCUCAUCGGCGAACCGUCUCGGUCGUCUUCGGAUAUGUACGCGUUCGGUGUACUGCUAGCGCACAUCGAUACGUGCCAGACUGCCGACGAGAUGAUCAGGAGCUCGUGGAGAAUGCGAACGCAGCUUGGCGACUCAGACUCGGACAACGGAACGCUUCUUUCAACCGAUGGCACGGUACUAUCAACUAAUGCUGGUGGUAUUGAUUUCGACAGCUCGCGGCGACGAACGACUCAGCUCGAGAGUCUUCCGAGCUCAAAUAGUUCGCGCACUCUGCAGAGCUCCCGUAGUCUUGCGUUGGAGGAGAAUCGACGGCGGACAACCCCGGUAUUGGGCACGCACAACAACGACGAGACCAGUCUCAUGAGCAUGUUCACGUUUACACCUGAGUGCCCCACAAUGGUUCGGGAGCUGGCAGGCGCGUGCUUGCAGUACGACCCAUCGCUACGCCCCAGCGCGUCCUACAUCGCAGCCAUGCUGCACAUUUAG